CCGGUCGAAUGCGAACGAGGAGCAACCAGUCUUCGAUAAACGGUCGAAGCGUUAGGACGUAUUUUUCUCUUCUGUUCCAAAUUUUCCUUUACACACAUCAAUAAGAUUAAACAUCCAGCCUGCAGUAGUUGAGAAGGCAAACCAAAUCACAAUCAUUCGCUGGUGAUAACCAGUUGGCAGCAUUUCAAUUGGAAGGAAUAAAAACGGCCCAAAGCAGACAGAGGCUACCUCUGCGGUCCAGUGCAGCAUCCCUUCACUCGUUCGGUCCAUAACAGGAGCGCGAUUUCGGGAUAAAAAAGCUGCCACAGUCCGCGAGUGUAACGAAAACAUAUAGUCCUAUUCGCAAUAAAAACUACGUGUAGCGCAGCCGGUCAGAUAAGAGAAUCAGAGAGCGGAGAAAAUACGUCCAUUGUGCAAUACCCUAAGUACCACCCAGUCCCAGUCAAUUGGCAGUGGCACUUGUGUCAAAAAAGUAGUGUUAACUGUAGCCAAUAGUCUCAGUGUAAAGAAAUCGGUAACUUUAAAGUCCUAUACGUGUGUGUCUAAAGUGUGUUUACGGGAUAUAUUAAGUUUUGUGUAAAGUGUACAGUUGAAAAAAGUUUGUAGAAACAAAAGUUGUAAUGAUUAAGUGGUCAAAAACUAAAAUCUGCAAGUCAAAGUGUUGGUUCUGGUUGUCUAAUUGUACAUAAAAAAAAGGUCACUGAGAGUACUGUCUAUAAAUACUCCUUCUAGAGGCGAGAAGAGUGAAGAUAUUUCUGCGUGUUUGUCUUUCUCUUGUGAAAUUCCGUCGCCGGCUUCGAAAUUGAAAAUCGCAACUGCAAGAUCGAACACAUACGGGACAUUGGUUCACUGCACGAAAAGGAUUUUUGCCAAUUUGUUGUUUGUAAAUAUCAGGAGCGUGUGAAACAAGCUCCAUCAACCACAGGGAGUAGUAGAACCGACGAACAGACAGCUAUCUGAUUCUUGUCGGUUGGAAAGCGGGAUCCAAGAAGAGGUCUAUCCGAAUUUGAGAUCAGCUAUUUGCAAUAUGUCAGUCGGCUCUUAUACCACAUAUAUACCGUGCGCCUAGCCAGUUACGAAUCGGCUGGGAAAUUGCUGUCCACCUUCAUCCAAAUGGUGAGCGCGCGACUGCAUUCUUGGACUGGUUUGGAUUGAAAACGGUCAUAAUCGCGAAGAUGCUUCGCGCCACCAAUGUGUAACAGAUGAUCACUCAACCACCGACAACCACCCGUAACGAACUCGGUAUCAAUAUAUUGCAUCGAAACAGCGCGGUGCAUCCAUCAUCCAUCCACCCCGAUGGGAAAACCGCUGCGAGGUGACAAUUGUGCCCGAUUGUUUCCACGAAAACGGCUCCGUUAAUGCCAGCUUUCUCCGAGAUGCUAGUUUCGCAAAGUCCCCCCGUCUACAGCUACUCACUGACUGACUACAUUGCGAGCCAAACCGGCGGCGAGUCUCCGUUUGCUUACAACGGCGUGCCCCCCACCACCCGUAGCUACUGUCGGCCAGCGUCGCUUCAGCUAACUCCACCACCGCUGCACCGGCAGCUGACUCCACCCAGUCCGAUCCUAAAUCUUAAGAUGCCGGCAUCACCCAGACGAUCCUGUCUAGUGGUUCGACCAGAAGAUCUGACUCCCGACGAGGAACGAACGAUCGAUCUGCACAGCCCCACGGAUCCUCACGAUAAGCAUCGGAACAAGAAGAAGGUCGUCUUCGCAGACGACCAGGGUGGUCAGCUGACACAGGUGCGCGUCAUGAAGGAACCCUCCUACAUGCCCCCGAUCUGGAGUUUGCAAUUUCUCGCCCACGUCACACAGGGAAUGAUCAGUCCGGUGCCUCAGGAGCAGUGGGUGGUGGACUUUAGGCAACCGGCUAGUGCCUAUCUGGAAUUUCGGCAGAAAAUCGAAGAGAAAAACGUUUCACUGGAGAAUGUGAUCAUCAAGGAAACAGAGCAUCUGAUCGUUGGCACAGUCAAGGUGAAAAAUAUCAGCUACACCAAGGAAGUCAUUGUGCGGUCCUCCUGUGAUAACUGGAGAACCCACGAGGAUACCUACUGCACAUAUACUGUGGUUGGGAGCGGCAUAGCAUCCGCCUACAUGGUACACGAUACCUUCUCGUUCAAGCUAACUCUUCCCCCUAAGUCCAGACGGAUUGAGUUCUGCGUUUGUUACAAAUGUGAUGCGGGCGAGUUCUGGGAUAACAAUGACGGCCACAACUAUUCGCUCACGAAUCGAGUCAUGCCCCGUCAGGAGUCCAGCAUAUUCUUCCCCUCUCAUAACGCAUACAGUAGAAGCACCCCUAAUAGCAACAGCAACAACAAUAAUAGCACAUCCCACACCAACAGUACAAACAGCACUAACGGCCAAUGUUCCAACCCUAGCAUAAGCGCGUACAGCUCGCCCUACGUGGACCCAACGGUCGAGCUGGACACGUGGCGCCAUAUGAGCUCAGUGAACAAUAGCGGUCCCUAUUGCUUGGACGGUGCCCUCAAGGAGGAUGACUCAAAUAAAUCCCUGGCAUCGACAAUGGACCACCAACUGACUUCGAUGGACAAAAUCACCACCAGCGCCACAAAACCCAAAACUCACGCUGUAGAGGAGCAGCAGCAGCAGCAACAACAGUCACCGGCGGACGUCGUGGAUUCCACCACUCGUGUAGCGACCCCCACAAUACCGUUCUCCUUGCCGGACGACGUGAGGUCCGCCGAAUCUACGAUUGUUCCGCAGUGCGAAACUACCAUGGACGACAGUGGCAAUAGCAACAACUCUUACUACAAUCGCCACAGCCGCAGCAUCUCGUGCAGUGGCCAAUACGCAAAUCGAUCCCAGCAGCGACAGGAGUGGAGCAGAUAUUCUCGCUCCACCAACAGCCAACAGUUCAUCGUUCGGGAUCGGAAGGAACGCGACGAUCUGCUUAGCAAUCUACUCAACCUGCGGGAACUCCUACUAAGCCAGAAUGUACACGUGUGACAAAGCAGUACCUAGGCUUAGGCAAACUAGCUCUGGAAUAAUGUUUUUAUCACUUUGUUAUCGUAUAACAAUACAAUAUAUACACAACACACAUAUAUUUAGUGAUAGUCGUAAAGCUACUGUUCGUAGGGUUCUAGAAUGUUUCGUUUUAUCUGUCUGUGUAAGAAUCUUUUCUUAAUUUUGUUGAACUUUUUUUUCUAUUCUGUUCAUGUGAGGUGAGACGAACAAUUGGUGGUAAACCACUCGCGCUCUGCAGUUCGAUCAAAGUGAUUCAAUUAGAAGUGAUCAAGGCAAAAGUUAGACACAAGGUUGUAAUAUUCCGUUGACAAGACCCGUGCAAACAUAGCCCACUAGUGCUACUGGUCACCUUCCAGGGUGUGACGUGCCCAAAUUUACUAUUUAUUUAUUUUACGCGUUUUUUUUACUCGUUCAGGACACUUGCCUGGAUGAGAUUAUGGCACUAGGGGUAGGCUAUGUAAGGCCCGGAACUAAGUCGAAACGAGACACAAGAGAACUUUCGCUUGAACUGAUGACGUGAUGAAACUAGUAAUGUAGAAAGGCGAGUAAAAUUGUGCACGAAAAAUACUAAUCCAAGCAGAGAGCAGCAACACAUGUUAUAGCAAGAGAUGGGAAAUGGAAACCAAAAGACUGAUUGUGUCUACAAAUUAAAUUAAUGUGAAUGCGAGGGCGAGCGAGAACGAGUUUUAGGGCUAGGUCGAGACAGAGAGCGAUCAGAAACAGACGUAGAAAGAAAAAAAAACGAGAGGAACUAUCUGACGGGAGCUAACAACAGGAACGUCGUCUUCCUUACUAUAUUUUACCAAUUUAUGUCGAAUUAAGCAGCUAAUAAAUUGUAUAAAGUAACUUCUACCGCUCAGAAAAUGCAAUGGCCAUACAAAGAAACCAAUAUGUGAAAAGCGCAAUGACUUACAAGAGGAUUCGCAUUCUCAAGUAACAAGUGUCAAACAAUGAUAGUGUUUACUAAAAUUAAAUUAGUUCAAGGCACAGUUAGAAGCGAAUUUUUUUCUCGUCCCAUUUACGAGAAACAAUAAUCGCAGAUUUGACGAGCAGGCCUCCAUUGUAUUGGAUAUAUUUUUCUAAAUAUUUUCUUCGUUCUACGAGAAAACCAAACCAUUUGUUUCGCGAAUAUAUUGCUUGAUAACUCAACAAAAGUAAACGAGGCGAGCAAAUGCAGUUUUGGAUGACCCCAAACCUAUUAGGAAUGAACGCUCUGAAUGCUUUUAUCUUGGCAAUCGACUUCAGGUCACAGCCGUUCGAACGGAACAGUUCGAAUCGAUGGUUAAGUGUAAUAACUAUUUCUAUUGCUUAGUGGUUAGUGUAUAUAGCCUAGGAGAAACAGUGAGAACGGAAAUAAAAAUAAUGAUUUUCUAUUA